AUGAGUAAACACGUAAAGGAAAAGGCUCAGAACGAUGAGCCAGAGAGUUUGGAAGUGGAGAUGGAGGGAGUGAAGAUGAAACGAGAAUUGGGGAUGGUGGGAACCACUUCAAUGGUUAUUGGAUUGAUCAUCGGCGCGCUGUGCUAUGCCGAGUUGGGUACUAUGAUGCCGAAGUCUGGAGGGGCCUACACAUAUUUACGGAAGGGAAUGGGAAACGCUGUGGCUUUCUCCUACAUGUUUCAGUAUGUGGUGAUUCAGAUGCCAUGCUCCCAGGUCAUUGUUCUGCUCACGUGCUCAAAGUAUCUGCUUACUCUUCUGCCCAUGUGCGGGUCGCCACAGUCAUUGGAGAAGCUGGUCACUGCUGCGAUAAUGGUGACUCUGUUCCUGCUCAACUCCUACAGCUCCCGUGUGUCCACCCGCACAGCCAUCAUCACCACGAUCUCCAAAGUCAUCUCUCUCUCCAUCAUUAUCAUCGCCGGCUUUCUUGUUAUAGGCCAGGGUAGCGUGAAGGAGCUAGGUACAGGGUUUGAGGGAACAUCCACAAAUCCCAGCUCUCUCGCUCUCGCUAUGUACAGCGCUGUGUGGGCCUAUGGCGGAUCAGAAUUGGUCAACAAUGUCGUAGAAGAAAUAAAGGAUCCCUCCCGGUAA